GAGGGCUAGGGGCUGUCGCAGAGCACGGAACGCUGUUGAUGAAGUGUAGGCUUCAUGCGCAGACAGCUGAAGGUCGGUUACACGAGCCGAACGAUGGCAAAAACAUACAACAGCGGGUAUUCGCUAGUGGUCACCCACCUAACUACUAAUCCGCCGGUACGUUGCUUAAAUAGGGCUGAGCGAACGGGAAGCCUUGUUUUCAACGUCCUAUGGUCGUAUGUGGAAGGGGUAUUUGUUAGUAAUAAUUAUAAUCUUACAAACCAGGAGCCGAACGAUGGCAAAAACAUACAACAGCGGGUAUUUGCUAGUGGUCACCCACCUAACUACUAAUCCGCCGGUACGUUGCUUAAAUAAGGCUGAGCGAACAGGAAGCCUUGUUGUCUCCUGGCCGCUCACCACAAAGGUCCUUAAUUUUACCGUAUCCGG